CCGGCUGGAGCGUUCAGUUCCGAAUUUCACGAGCACGAUGGCCGACCAGUCGGACAAGUUGCUCGCGAUGCGGAUCGUCCUCGAGGUCGAUGGCAUGAUGUGCAUGAAGAACUGCGGGACGACGGUCCAGAACGCGCUCCGGAGCGUCGACGGCGUCGAGGCCGCGGUCGUCGACUACAACGAGCACAUUGCGGUGGUCACGAUGGCACCGAAUGGGUCGCCCGACAACCUCGUCGAGAUGCUAGACAUGGUGGGCUUUGAAGCUGUGCUCCGCGACGAGACGCCGCUGCCACGCAACGUCAUCCGCCUUGGCAUCGACGGGAUGAUGUGCAUGAAGAACUGCGGCACGACGGUCCAGAAUGCUCUGUCGGCGACCAUUGGCGUCGAGUCGGCGGUCGUCGACUACCCGAAAGCCAUGGCCACGAUCACGCUGUAUCCCGAUCACAUGGACCACGUGACGGUGCAAGAUCUCAUUGACGAAGUCGAGUGCGUCGGCUUUGACGCGUACCCGUUCAACCACGGCGAGCGCUGCCGGCGACUUCUCGCGGCCAAGGCCAAGGCCGCCGCUUCACACGCCGUCGAGGACGUCUCCGUACCGAUCAUUGAAAGCGACUCAUCCCACCCGCACGCGAUCUUCUCGAUUGAAGGCAUGAGCUGCGCGGCGUGCGUCAAGGGCAUCGAAGGUGCGCUGCGUCAUGAAGCGGGGAUCAUCGACAUUCGCGUCGGGCUCAUCUCGGCCAAGGCCGAGGUCGUCUUUGACCGCAGCAUCAUCACGGACGAGCGGACGACAAUUGGCAGCUUUAUCCGCGACGCGGGCUACACGCCGACGUACAUCAACACGCUGGACGCAGACGACGACUCGAUGUCGUUUAAGUACGCUGUCGCUGGCGUCACGGGCGCGUCCGACGCUAUCAAGAUCGAGUCGUCCAUCAAAGCGCUCGUCGGCGUCGUGAGCGCCACUGUCGAUAUCGAGCAGCAGGUCGCGACUGUGCAUUUGCAGCAGAUGGCGGCGACAGGCCCCCGCGACGUUCUCGACGCGAUCACCAAGUCUGGGUUUGCGGCGACGAUCCAGACGCAGUCGUCGGCGCCGAGCGGCGUCUCGGAAGACCAAACGUGGCUGCGACUGCUCUUGAUCUGCCUCGUGUUCUCGGGUCCGGCGAUGGUUGUGCACAUGGUCCUCGGCAACAUCCCGUCGUGCCGCAUGUGGCUCAUGCAACCGGUCGUGAACGGCCUUACGCGCAUGUGCCUCAUCAUGUUUCUGCUGGCGACGCCGGUGCAGUUUGGCAUUGGCGCGCGCUUCUACAAGGCCGCGUACAAGGGCUUGCGUCACGGCAUGAUGGGCAUGGACUUUCUCAUCGUCGUCGGCACGACCGCCUCGUACCUCUACAGCUUUGUGUCGAUGGUCGGCUGCACGCUCUUGCCGAAUUACCGCGGCCACUACUUUUUCGAGUCGUCGACGAUGCUCAUUUCGUUCAUUACCAUUGGCAAGUACCUCGAGUCGCGCGCCAAGAAGGACACGGCGACGUCGCUGAGCACGCUACUGAGCCUCCAGGCGAAGACGGCCGUGCUCAUCACACCCGAGCAUGGCGACGUGUCGAUCCCGAUUGAGCUCGUCCAGCGCGGCGACCGCCUCCGGCUCUUGCCCGGCGCCCGCGUGCCGACCGACGGUGUCGUGCGCGACGGCCACGGCUUCUGCGACGAGUCGAUGCUCACGGGCGAGUCGAUGCCGGUCGCAAAAGCGUCGGGCGACGCGGUCUUUGGCUCGACCAUCAACCAAGCCGGCAUUUUGGUGAUCGAGUCCAACUGCGUUGGCGGUCAAAACACUCUGUCGCAGAUUUGCGCGCUCAUUGAAAACGCGCAGUUGGACAAGGCGCCGAUCCAAGCGGUCGCCGACAAGUUUGCGGCUCGCUUUGCACCGACUGUCAUGUGCAUUGCGGCAAUUACGUUUCUCGGCUGGUACACGAGUCUCUCGAUGGACUGGGUCGCUACCGCCGACCGCGACGCGCUGCACUUGGCUGACGGCGACCACAGCGACGACCUCUUUGUGUCGAUUCUUUUCUGCAUUUCGACGGUCGUCAUCUCGUGUCCGUGCGCCCUCGGCCUCGCGACGCCGACGGCCGUCUCGGUCGGCACGGGCGUCGGCUCCAAGUACGGCGUGCUCAUCAAGGGCGGGCGCGCGCUCGAGACGGCCCACGCCGUCGAUACGAUCGUCUUUGACAAGACGGGCACGCUCACCGAGGGCCGACCGGUCGUGACAGACAUCACUGUGCCCAAAGACGCCAACAUCUCGGCCACCGACGUCUUGUACUAUGCGGCGUGCGUCGAGAUGCAGUCGGAGCAUGUGCUCGGGAAGGCCAUCGUCGUCGAGGCUACCGAGGCGCACAAGAUGGCGCUCAAGGAGCCGUCGGCGUUCCACGUCGUGCCCGGUCGCGGCCUCCAAGCGCUCGUCCCGUCGCUCCAGUCGCCGCACAAAGCGAUUGAAGUCGCGAUUGGCAACCCCGAGUGGAUGGAAGAACGCAACAUUUCGCUGCCGGCGGUCCUUGAAGCCGACAUGCACCGUCUCGAAAACGAAGGCAAGACAGUCGUCUGCGUCGCGCUCGACAGCGUGUUUGCGGGCACGAUUGCUAUGGCCGACAUCGCGCGCCCCGAAGCCGCGGCGACCAUCCAGCAUCUCAAGCGCAUGGGCCUCGACAUUUGGCUCGUCACGGGCGACAACCUCCGGACAGCGACCGCCGUCGCCAGCGCGCUCGGUAUCAACCACGUCAAGGCAAUUGCGCUGCCCGGCCAAAAGGUCGAGCAGAUCAAGCGGCUUCAGGCGACGACCAACCCGCUCACAAACAAGAAGCGCGUCGUGGCCAUGGUGGGCGACGGCAUCAAUGACGCGCCGGCGCUGGCGCAGGCCGAUGUCGGGCUUGCGAUUGGCGCGGGCACGGAGAUUGCGCUGGCGCAGGCCGACAUGGUGCUCAUCAAGUCGCACCUCGCCGACGUCAUCACGGCGCUCGACCUCUCGCGCAAAACGUUUUGGCGCAUCAAGUUUAACCUCUUUGCCUCGGUCAUUUACAACCUCGUGUCGAUCCCGCUCGCGGCCGGCGUCUUUCUGCGCUUCUUCCACCACCCGCUGCCGCCGGCCUGCGCCGGCAUCAUGAUGGCCCUCUCGUCCAUCUCGGUGAUUGUCUCGUCGCUCCACCUCAAGCUGUACAAGCCACCGACAUGGAAUAUGACGUCUGCAAAGGACGGCCUCCUCAAGCCCAUGGGCUUGGCAUCGACGACGCACAAGGUCGUGCUCGAGAAGCCACGCCGACGGUCGCCAAGCUACGAGCGCGUGAGCGUCCAAGACAUGGUCUAAGUUCAUAUUGCGAAGUAGCCGAGCGUAGGUAUUACUAUAAUUAUUAACAGAAUGCUUGACAAUUCCAA